AGAUACUUUAUUCUUUCCUCCUUGCCUUUCUACCCUCAUAGAGCCCUCAAAACCUACUCUCGUAUCAGCUUUUAUUGAGUCAAAUGAAUAAAAUAAAUAAAUAAACCCAAGCUUCUUCCUGCUAAAAAAGCUCGCCGAUAUCAGCCAGGAUCCCUUCCGGCUGGGUCUCGAGUGGUGCCUCUCUAGCCAUGUCAUCUCUAUGGUGAGAUUAAAGGUUCAAAUCCGGUUGCGGAAGCACCUCUGCGGACGGAGAUAGAAAAUAACCAUAGGCCCGCGCUAUCUCUAUGGAGACGGCCGCCGACAUUCGUCGUGACGUCAGAAGAAGGCCGGCAAACAUGGCGGCCCUGCCGCUGCUCUCCCGCCUAAGUAGGCCGCUUCGUCUCAAGUGCUGUCUCCUCGCGCAAGCAAGCGCGGCGCGCGUCCCCGAGGCCGCGUCCUGCGCCUUGGCCAAUCGCCACCAGCCUCCCCACCCUUCGCUCCAGAGUGCUCGGAGGCCUCUCAGUACAGUCUCCACGGAGGGCCUCGUCCGUGCGGCUCCCGCCUCUCUUCAGCCCUACCUACGCCUCAUGAGGCUGGACAAGCCCAUUGGGACAUGGUUGCUGUAUCUUCCUUGCACGUGGAGUAUAGGCCUUGCAGCAGAACCAGGCUGUCUGCCCUCCUUGUACAUGCUGUUACUCUUUGGCACUGGAGCGGUCCUGAUGCGGGGAGCAGGCUGUACAAUUAAUGACAUGUGGGAUCAGGACUAUGACAAAAAGGUUGCAAGAACAGCAUGUCGGCCACUGGCUGCUGGAAAGAUUUCAACUUUUCAGUCUCUUGUUUUCCUUGGAGGACAGCUCAGCUUGGCGUUAUGUAUACUUCUGUGUUUAAAUUAUUACAGUAUUGUGCUAGGAGCAGCCUCUCUGUCUCUUGUGGUGACCUAUCCCCUUAUGAAGAGAAUAACAUACUGGCCUCAGCUGGUCUUGGGUCUUACUUUUAACUGGGGUGCAUUACUGGGGUGGUCGGCCAUCAGAGGCUCUUGCGACUGGUCUGUUUGCUUGCCCCUGUAUUUAUCAGGAGUUCUGUGGACGCUGAUAUAUGACACCAUUUACGCUCAUCAGGAUAAAAAAGAUGACGUUGCCAUUGGUGUGAAAUCCACAGCAUUACGAUUCAAUGAAAACACAAAGCAGUGGCUCAGUGGCUUCAGCGCUCUGAUGCUUCUGGGACUGACUGUGACAGGAAUGAACUGUGAUCAGACUUUCCCCUACUAUGCAGCUGUGGCAGCUGUAGGCAUUCACUUGGCACAGCAGAUAUACACUUUGGAUAUACACAGUUCUGAAGAUUGCUGGAAAAAGUUUUCUUCUAAUCGCACAAUAGGACUCUUGCUUUUCGUAGGGAUUGUUCUGGGGAAUUUACAGAAAAAGAAAAAUACAGAAGAAACAAGGAAACUUUAGGUAGUACUUAGUGCGAACAUACUGAACUUCGUUUUGUGGUCAAGAAAAUGAUUCCAAAGAGAUUUUUUUUUAAAGUUCUGCACAAUUAAUUUUUUUCUUUGCCCUUGCAAGACUUUGUGGAAGUGGUCCUUUGUUUGGAAGAUCAUGCAUCUUUUUUUGUCUAAAGUCUGUCAAUGAAAUAAAAAUGUGUGAGAUUUUCCUACUGAAGUUCCAGGAAAAUGCUUACAGGUCUACACCCACAUCUGAGUACUGUAAAAAUGUAGCUGGUGUUCUGGAAUUAUUUUGUGAAUACAACCCAUUAUUUUGCAGUUGUAACACUAUUUCAAAUAUUUAAACUUAUUAAACAUUGAGUCGGUGUAAA